GGGAUUACGAUAGAAAUACGCAUGCUAGAAGUUAAAACUGUUCCAGUGGCAGAGGAACACGGCUAAACGCUAGCUUAACAAGACGAACUACGAAUUAAAUUAUGGAGUUUCUAGUUCUGUGUGCGUUUGCGCCGUUGCCUAGGUGAAGAAUAUUAAAACAAGUGUUGACACCACGGCGUCAUCAGCCUUCGUGGGCAAAACACCCAAGUAAUAACCAAGAUUAAAGAUGUGUGAGGGGCCCUCAUCAAUAUCCGGGCCAAUCCCCCCAGAUCCUUCUCUGUUUCCUCAGUACUACAAACGACCGGCUUCAGCUCGAGGCCGUUUAGAGGGUAACAAUGAUGGGACUUUGGCCCUGCUCUCAGGGCCAGUUGCUCCAGAUCCUGUGUUGUACCCUGGCUGCUACAGUGCUCGUGCCCCAGCACAUCGUCCCCGUGUUGGCCCUAAUGCCACCCAUAUUCUGGAACGUGGACAGAGAGGAGUAGUGGCGGAACUACUCAAACUAGACAGUGUAUCUAUCAGUCCUGCUCCCAAACAGAAACAGCGAGUACAUGACUUUGGUAAAGAGAAUGUGCAUCGGCUCAGAGAGAUCCAGAGACGUUGCAAAGAGCAGGAGGCUAUAAGAGCACAGUCUCGUCCAGUUCCAGUCAAAGCUCUUUGGACUUCCUCCAAAUACCAGAAUGUGGCAUCCAGGGUGAUGGUCCAGCUACAAGCUUCUAGUCCUACUGCCAAACCACAGUGUCAAAACUUUCUGAAGGCCCACUCCAGUGGUGGCCCUACUGCCCCACCAAGACCACAAUUAAAAACCUCUCCCCAAGCUUUGCAAAACCCGGCCAGCUCUACACGGGAGCAGAACUUGCACUUACAGGUGCAAGGCCAAUCCAUAGACUUUGUAAAACAUAAUGCCCGAGCUGCAGGAAAAGCUGUGCCGCGUCGGUCACAGUCACUGACAAACCUCAGAGAUAAGCCUGUACCAAGUGCAGUCAAGGGACAAGUGCCUCAGUAUCUUGAGGAAAGGAAGAAGCAGUGGCUUAAAGAGGAGGAGGAGAGGAGGAAAAAUGCACCUGAUCCUACAGUCCCAGCUGGUCACACCCUGAUGCCUGAGAAUGAGAGACAGGAGACACUGAAGUCACUCAAAGAGACCCAUUGUUCCCUGGUGACUGAGCUGCUAUCACUGCCACUCAAAGCUGACAAUCUGAGUGUACGCUCACGUCGGGCUCAUCUUGAUUGCAAGCUUUCCGAAAUCGAGGAGGCCAUUAAAAUAUUCUCCAGGGACAAAGUUUAUAUAAAGAUAGAUUCUUAACACAUGACAAGGAAGAAGGAAGAGGAGGAGAUGGUCCUGUAAAUCCACUGCUUUAUCAAGAUUUAUUUUCAUCUUUGUAGCUGCAUUAUGUAACAAAUCACUUGUAAAACAUACAUGUUGAAUAAAAUUGUAAAUUGAACAAUUAUUACAUAUGGUCAGCAAGAGAGGUCACUGAUUUAACAUAGUUAAAUGAACGGAUGUGCUGUAACCUUAGCUCCUUAUUUAGCUCCUUUGUGUAAAACUGGCCAGUGGUUUGUAGUAAUAAAUGUGUUGUUCAUUC